AUGAAGGGAUCACCUGGAGCGUGCGUCUUGUGGGAGGGAGUAGAGUUGGAGCUCUUGGUCUCAAGUGAGGGACGAUGGCGCUCUACAAUGGACAAGGUCUGGCAUUAUCGGGCGUCGAAGCUUAUGGGUGCCCGGUAUCGGGGCAACUUUGGCGAACUGUAG